UUGAAUAUCUUUUGGAUCGAUCCAGCCAGCAUCAUAUAGAUGAAGCGGUUCUUCAGGCUAUCAACGCUGGACAUGUCCAGAUCGCUGAGACAAUACUUAAACACCCACGUUAUCUUGAAAUGUGGCGGGAAAGACGAAAAAUAAGUGAUACGGAUGGCUUCGUCAAAAAAGUGAAUUUAGCAGAGUCACAGUUUUCACCAGAUAUUACCCCUCUUAUCCUAGCUGCACAGAAAAAUAUUUACGAAAUUGUUCAGCUACUACUUUUACGUGGGGAAUUGAUUCAGAAACCGCACAAGUUUACAUGUUCGUGUACGGAAUGUCAGAAUAAAACAGAGGUUGAUCAUUUGAGGUUGGCCAAAUAUAGACUGAACGCAUAUAGUGGGCUGGCCAGUGAGGCAUAUCUCUCCCUGCACUCCUGUAAAGACCCUAUUCUGUCAGCAUUUGAACUUGCUAAAGAAUUACGAAAAUUAUCCAAAGUGGAGAAACAUUUCAAGAAAGAAUACAAGGAGCUAGCAGAGCAGUUAAGUGAGUAUGUUAUGAAGUUAUUAGACAGAAUUAGAACCCAAGAAGAACUGGAAAUGGUAUUAAAUAAAACUGGUCAAAGUAAUCAGGAGAAAUAUGAGAGCUUAGCCAGAUUUAAACUAGCAUUACGCAAUCACGAAAAGGGAUUUGUAUCCCACCCUAGUUGUCAACAGAGAUUGGUUGAACUAUGGUAUACUGGUAUGGGACGAUGGGAGAGAAAUAGAUGGUUUCAACGAAUCUUAUCCGGCUUUUUAUUUAUGCUUUAUUACCCAUUUUUAACCAUUGCUUAUGUAUUUAAACCAAAUUGCAAGUUUGUUGAUGUGUUGAAGUGCCCAUUCGUCAAAUUUGUUGCCCAGUCUGUGUCGUUUUUCAUAUUUGUAAUGUUAAUUACAUCAUCUAUGUUCGAGUCGUCACAAGGUGUAUCUAAAUAUAGAACUUACAAAUCAACAUUUCCAUCGGAUCAUGUUAAAUAUGAAAUGGUUAUCAACUCUACCGGUUGCAGGCCUUUUGGAGAUGAUUUUCCUUUGAGAACAGAAUCGCCUUCAGUACUAACAAUACUUAUGAGUUUGUGGGUUCUAGGAUUUAUGUUUCAAGAAUGUAGUCAGAUUUAUCAGAAGAAUUGGAAGGACUAUAUAACAUCAUAUUAUAAUGUGAUCGAUUUUCUUCUUAUCUCAGCUUAUACAACAAGUUUUACACUUCGAUUCGUUUGUAUGUAUAAGUUUUGGAGCGCUCAACGUGAAAUAGAACAAUCAACCUCACUUGAUCCUGACAAAGCUUUUUACACAAUUUAUUGGUUAAAUGCCGAUCGAUUUUAUUGGGAUGCCUGGGAUCCAAUCAACCUAUCGGAGGGUCUGUUUGCUUUUGCUAACAUAUUAAGCUUUGCCAGAAUUAGUUACCUUUUACCAGCUAACGAAAGUCUUGGACCUCUACACAUAUCACUUGGGCGAAUGUUAAAUGACAUUGCUAAAUUCAUGAUUCUUUUCGUAUUUGUAAUGGUUGCCUUUAUGAUUGGCCUACACAAUCUGUUUUGGUACUACAGUAAUCACGAAAGUCUGGAGAUUGAACAUAAGAAUAUACCAAACAUGAAUGCCAAACAAAGUUUUGGAGAUGUUAAGGCGACAUUUAGAACAGUAUUUUGGUCCUUAUUUGGACGAGGUGAACCAGAUGUUGUUCGAUUAGGUGAAUAUAAUAAUUAUGUAACAGAAGACAUUGGAUAUAUUAUAUAUGGGGCCUACAACGCAACAUCGGUGAUAGUUUUACUGAAUAUUUUGAUCGCCAUGAUGACCAGAUCAUUUCAAAAAAUAGCAGAAGACUCUGAUGCAGAAUGGAAGUUUUCUAGGAGUAUGUUAUAUAUGGAAUAUAUCGGUGAUUCGCCUGUGUUACCAGUGCCUUUUAAUAUAUUGUUAGCCCCUAGGGGGAUAUUUAAAACUUUAUAUUGUUCCUGUUGCCAAAGUCCAGACGAUGAAGUAGUCACAGCUAAACCGGGUGAAAAUCUUCCGGUUGAAGAGUCCACAGGAACCGGGCAAAUCUAGCACACGACAACGUCGCCAUUGAGAUGACAGAAACAAAUGCAUCAACACCGACCGAACGAAAUUUUCCGACCACAUCUUCAAUAAACGAGGAGCCAGAGCG